GCUCGGAUAUGAAAGCUCUAUACGGUACCGAAAAUCGCUCACUUGGGAUAGGUCUCAUGAUCGGAUUGAGAAAGUUACAAUACGGAUUUCAUUAGGCAUAGCUACACCUAUAAGUAGCUGAAGAAAAAAUAUACUCAAGUGUUCGUCUUUCUACCUCGGUGGUCUUUCAUUUGAGCUCACGAGAUGACGAUCAAUAAAUCCCCAAAUACCCCAAUAUCACUACAUUAAUUGGACCCCUGCUGAUAACUGUCAAGCACACAUUGAUUAUGAGGAAAACCAAGGUCCUACUAAUUGGCUCACAGAUACAUUUACCCGAACCCAGUAAGAGUGGGAAUUUGUAUAUUUCCAGCCUUGGCUAGAGCAAUCCCCCAAAGACCCUUCGGCAUGAAGCUCACUGUGGUAUCUGCGCCAUCGCUAGAAGCGGAACGGAGCUUAGCUGCUGCGAUGGUGCUGAUAUAAUAUCUGUUAGACGUCUUUCAAAGGUCGCGUGGUUUUGCGAACGCGGGAUCUCCUUCUUUUCUUCAAGAGGCCGUCGACAUGAAGUUACUUAGUUUUGUUGCCCUGGUGGGCUUGGUCGCGGUGGAAGUUUUCGCUGCACCUCCUUUCCACGGUGUGGAGUCUACUCGAUUGAGACGUAGUAUCCCAGAUACUCACAUUCAACAUGAGAAGAGAACAGAGAUACAAGCGAGGUCUUGGACGAAGAUGGCUAGGGCAGUGCCUGAUGCCAAAAUACCUGUUCGCAUAGGCUUGAAGCAACGGAAUCUUCAAUCGGGACACGACCUUUUGAUGGAAAUCUCGAACCCAGAUUCGAAGAACUAUGGAAAACACCUCUCCGCAGAAGAGAUCAUUAAAUUCUUCGAGCCGCUGGAAGAUAGCUUCAAGGCUAUCAAGGAUUGGCUUGUUGAAGCGGGCAUUCCUUCGAAGAAUAUCUCGCAAUCAAUUAAUAAACAAUGGGUGCAAUUUGAUGCUCCUGUCAAGCACGUGGAAGACCUCCUAAUGACGGACUACCACGUUUGGGAACACGUAGACAUCGGAGUUAAGAACAUUGCUUGUGACGAAUAUCACGUCCCGAAGCACAUUAAGGAACAUAUCGAUUAUAUUACCCCUGGUAUUAAGUUGAUGGGUUACGGCGACACACAAGGACCUCCAAUGAAGAGACGAAGAGACGCGAAAAUAGGAACGCUUCCCCGCUUUGGCGAAAAGAUCUCCGAGAGCGAUGUCGCGAAUCUCAUGAGCGAGAGGAGUAGAGGACUUAGUAGAGCCAAGCCUUCCGAUGUUGCGAGCGGUAACUACACUCUGCCGGGUGGAUGUGACCAAUAUACUACUCCGGAUUGUAUCAGGGCGCUGUACAACAUCCCGAAAGGAACCAAAAAGCACCCGGAUAACAAAAUGGGCAUAUUCCAAUCCCUUGGACAACACUACACUCAAUACGAUCUUGACAAGUUUUUCUGGAGCUUCACAGGCGAAAUUCCCAAUGGAACCCACCCCGAAUUGUUCUCCGUUGAUGGCGGACAAGGAGCUACUACAAGUCUUAGGUUGGCCGGCUCAGAGGCGAACCUCGACUUCCAAAUGGCAUAUGGUUUGAUUUGGCCACAAGAGCCUGCGCUUUAUCAGGUUGAUGAUGAAUGGUAUCAGAAUGUCUACUCGUCCGAUCCAGCUGCAUAUACCGGAUUCUUCAACAACCUCUGGAACGCUAUCGACGGCAGUUACUGCACAUUCGAAGCCUUCAACGAAACCGGCAAUUGCAAGCGCCCCGAGUGUCGCGACCCCGAAUACCCCAACCCGCACGACCGAGGCGGCUACAGCGGUGAACUCAUGUGUGGUGUAUACAAACCGACAAACGUAAUCAGCAUCUCAUAUAGUGGCGCCGAAGUCGACCUCCCCGAAUCAUACCAACAACGUCAAUGCGCCGAGAUUAUGAAGCUAGGUCUACAAGGCACCACAGUCGUUAUAUCAUCCGGCGACGACGGCGUCGGUGGUUUCCCCUCGCCUGGCGCACCAUCGGGUUGUCUCGGCCCUGAGCGUGACGUGUUUAACCCGCAAUUCCUCGCUUCGUGCCCUUAUAUCCUAACAGUUGGAUCGACUGUCCUCCAGACGAAUAAAACUCCCGGCGUCGACCCAGAGGAGGCUACUGAUCGCUUCCGGUCCGGCGGCGGGUUUUCGAAUAUUUAUGAGGCACCUGACUACCAGAAGGACGCUGUCGCUAAAUAUCUCGCCGCGGCAAACUUGACGUUUGAGGGAUACGAGGGUGGUGGUGGCAAUUAUAGUAAUGCGCGCAAGGGUAUUGGGAGGUAUAAUAAGUUAGGCAGGGCGUAUCCCGAUGUUUCCGCAAAUGGUGACCACUUUGUGAUUUCGAGUGGUGGUGAAUUGUUGAGGAUUGGAGGGACGUCGGCGAGUGCGCCGCUUUGGGGAUCGGUUAUUACGCUGAUUAAUGAGGAGAGGUUGGCGGCAGGGAAGAAGCCGGUUGGAUUUGUGCAUCAGGUUCUGUACUCUCACCCCGAAGUCUUUAACGACAUCGUCACGGGCGAUAAUAGGGCGUGUAAGAACACUGGAUUCCCAGCAAUUGAAGGGUGGGAUCCUGUGACAGGAAUGGGUACGCCUAAUUAUCCUAAGCUUUUGGAGCUUUUCUUGGGUUUACCUUAGAGAUUGGGCCUGAGAGCGGCCGAAGGUCUGUCUUCAUAUAGUCUUCGGGUCUUUCGUUCGAGGCUUGAGGGAAUCUGAAUCAUUGG